UCUUUCUGGUAUUCAUUUAGCAUCACAGUCACAUACGGAAAGGAAGGUCCAUUUCCUUCUUCUUCUUCCGAGGAAGCGUUUUCCGACGAGCUCACCGGAAUAAGGAAGGUGCAUACUGAAACAGUAGGAUAAUGGCGCUCCAAUUCCAUCUUCUCUCCUCUCAAUCUCCUAAGUUGCCGUCCUUUGCGAUGCCGCAGCUUGCGAGUUUCAGAUCUCCAAAGUUCGUUGUGGCCUCCACUCUCCGCUCCACUUCCAGGGAGGUCGAGGCCCUUAAGAAACCCUUUAAGCCUCCUAGGGAAGUGCAUCUUCAAGUAACCCACUCGAUGCCACCACAUAAGAUAGAGAUGUUUAAAUGUCUGGAGGAUUGGGCAGCAGAGAACAUUUUAGUUUAUUUGAAACCAGUGGAGAGGUGUUGGCAACCACUGGAUUUCUUGCCAGAUCCGGCAUCUGAGGGAUUUCAGGAGCACGUGAUGGAACUUAGAGAGAGGGCAAAGGAAGUCCCCGAUGAUUACUUCGUCGUUUUAGUUGGAGACAUGAUAACAGAAGAUGCCCUUCCUACUUACCAGACAAUGCUUAACACCAUGGAUGGAGUUAGGGAUGAAACUGGAGCAAGCCUCAGUUCUUGGGCCAUUUGGACGAGGUCUUGGACUGCUGAAGAGAACAGGCAUGGUGACCUACUAAACAAAUAUCUUUACCUAUCAGGGCGAGUUGAUAUGAGGCAGGUUGAGAAAACUAUUCAGUAUUUGAUUGGAUCAGGAAUGGACCCAGGGACUGAAAACAACCCUUACCUAGGAUUUAUAUACACAUCAUUUCAAGAGAGAGCAACCUUCAUCUCCCAUGGGAACACUGCCAGAUUAGCAAAGGAGCACGGAGACAUAAAGUUGGCCCAAUUAUGUGGAACAAUUGCUGCAGAUGAGAAGCGACACGAAGCUGCAUAUACAAAAAUAGUUGAAAAGCUGUUUGAGAUAGACCCUGAAGGAACCGUCCUGUGUUUUGAAGACAUGAUGAGGAAGAACAUUACAAUGCCAGCACACAUGAUGUACGAUGGCCGUGACAACAACCUCUUCAAUCACUUCUCGGCAGUUGCUCAGAGGCUGGGGGUUUAUACAGCCAAGGACUACGCCGACAUAGUGGAGUUUUUGGUUGGGAGAUGGAAGGUGGAACAGCUCACAGGACUGUCAGGCCAGGGGCAGAAGGCUCAGGAUUAUGUGUGUGGAUUACCAGCAAGAAUUAGAAGGCUAGAAGAAAGAGCUCAAACACGGGCGAAAGAAGGUCCUACAGUUCCGUUCAGUUGGAUUUUCAAUCGGGAGGUUAAGCUGUAGUAGGUGCAAAGAAGCAAAAGAAGGAAUAAUCGCCACUGUCAAAAGGAUAAGAAACUAGCAAUUCGUGUUCUAGUGAAAACACAUCGUGUGGAGUAAAUUAGAGAUACGAAGUAGGAGAGUUUAAGCGUUCUCUACGUUUUUCUUCUUUUUGUGUAACUUGCGUCAGCUGUAAUAUCUGGUUCCUCAGAAUAACAAAAUAAUCUAAACAUUAUACAUUA